AUAUUUUCCAAGUACUUGCUGUUUAAGUAUAUAGCAACGUUUAUCGGAACUAUUUAUUUAUAUCGCCAUGGUAUUGUUACCAUGUUUUCUUCGAUUUAAUUUCAAGUAGGCGGGGGCAUCUAAUGGCAUUGGCAUCAUUCAAAACAAAAACGAAAAACGUUUGCAUUUGUAUAUUCGGUAAAUCAAAUUUUCUAAACAAAUUCGAAAAAUUUUAGAAAUGAAUUGUGAUAUCAACAAAAUGGGGAAAGUAAAACUACGCGUACGAAAUGUCUGGUAUGAACCUGACUUGAGUACAGAGGGCAUUUAUCUUUGUCCGAUGCCACAGCCACCACAAGCGCCAGCUGGUGCAUUGUGGUUUACAAACUUGAAACCAUACGAACGGCUUUUCUACCAUCAGACAUUGAAUUCCGUGCGGAAAAGUAAACGUUUUAUUGCAACACCUGAGAUACCUACCGACUCCUUGGAUUUCCAACUACAAUCACGGUAUGAUCACUCUCGUGAAAUAUUUCCAGAACGUGUAGAUACGCUACUGCAAAGAGAAACUUGUGCUUGUCAAGGAACCGAUGAUGGAGGAGCAGAGGGUACAGUGGAAUUGACUACAUUUCGUGUACUUAAAAAUGUGAAAACGGUGCAGUUACCUGACGGUGAUACACAAGAUCACCCACUGAGAAUUGGUGGCAUUAAAGAGAAAAUUUCACCACAUAGCGUUAAAUUGAUCAAUAGUGGUGUACACAACCAAUUGGUUAACAACGGUUUUUCGCGACAAACAGGAGACGGCAAUUUUUUCCGUUAUUGACGGAGUUGUUUUUGUGUUAUUCCAUGCAUUUUUGAAAAAUUUGUUGUUUUUUAAGAUACAUACAUAUACAACGAAUCCAAGUUUGCCCAAUAAACUUUUCACAAGUAAAAUAUAAAGUAUAAAAAAUAGUAUUUACUAAUCUAUAUGAAAUAUAUUUAGUUUAUCUACUACAUAGUCUCAUGCUUCCAAUUUCGGUUGCUUACAUUUACUUUGCUCGUCAUCACUUUUGUCCGAAAGUGUUGAAUUAUUUUCCGUGGGCUUUUGUUUUUGUUUUUUGUUCUGAUUUCUAUGACUUUUUGCAACUUUGUCUUGUCCAAUCCUGUAAAAACAUUGGGAAUAUAUGAAGUUUAAAUCAAAAAUGUAUUUUAUUUUACUCACAUUAUUGUCGCACGCGUUCCAGGACCCCAAUGCGCCGUUGGAUUUGCCUGGAAUCGAGUUAAUGCAUUGCGACGACUGGAUGGAUUCGCUUCUGGAUGCAAAUCAUCAAAAAUGUACUCCUUUUCGGUCGGUCGCUCUAAGAUGGCCUUUAAAGCAGUGCCUUCUAUCAUACGAUCCGCUUUUACAGGAUGGCGUUUAGCCCAACAACGUAAUAUAUCCCAUAAAACCGACGCAGGCGCAUCAGUUUUUAUAGAGUUUUUACUUGCAUGUGAAAAAGAGACACGAUAGCCUGCAUGCAGGAUUGCUGAACGGAAUUUGAGCACAGGAAUAUUCUCCAAUUUAAGCACACAACAAAGUUUGUCAAGCACAUAGUACAGCGGCACGUCCAAUAAUUCUUCUUGCACCACAGCUAGCACACCUUGCAAACGACGUUGUGUUCCCAAUUCACAGAGUGGUUUAUUAUCUACUGCUUGUAUUAAUUCCUUAACAAACUCGUGAUCGUGAAUAGGAUGUGACCAUAUUGGACCGCCCAUCUAUAUUUGAAAAAUAUAUUUUGUUAUUGAAAGUAUAAUUAUUUAUUGCGCUUCGGAAGCUUACAUGAUGUUUGUGGCCACAGUGUUCACAGUUCAUGCCAACGUUUGGUCCAGUUGGAAUACCGAAUUUUGUUUGCGUUUUACCUUUGUCUGUGGUGUUGAUUUUAACAUUACCUAACGGUUGUAAAGUAAAAGUAUCACAACCAGUGCAUUGAAAUACCAUUGACUGUUUGCUACAUUGAAAUCAUUAAUUGCGAACGUAUAGUAAAACAGAUUAUAAACUACUCACCUCAUACUGUAUUUGCAUUUUGCUUGACUGACGUGCACUCGUACAAAAACACGUAUGUAAAAAUCUGCAGAAAUACUCAGAAGAGGUUCAAUGUAUUUUCCGUAGCGAUUUGCAUGCGUUUCGAUGGAGUGAAGCAGUAUCCGCAGAGCCAUUUCAUGACAGCAUUUCAAGCGCAAUGGAACACAUCCGUAUUUAGCGUAACAGGCCUCUGGUGUAUUUCCGGCUAAGACUGCCAUAUCAGUAGCAGUUACAAGCAAUAAACCACCGUUCGCGAUAGAUUGCACAGCUGCAUCUAAGAAGCGGUUGGGGCAGCCGUAUGGGUCCAGGUCAAUUACGUCAAAGUGCUUAUCAUUACCUGUGGAGAGGUACAUAAGCGUCCUAAUAAAAUGUUAGUAAUUUAAUUUCAAAAAUUUAGAUUGCUCUUUGUAGAUUUUGUGUGCAACUUACAGUGCAUCCGAUUGACUUGGUAUAAUUAAAUGUUCCACCUUAUUGUGUUUCACAUUUUCACCAAUUGAUACUACAGCAGCUUUUGAAAGAUCAUUAGCAAUAAUUUCACGUACUCCAGCGACUUCUUUUGCAUAGCGUAUGCUACGCAAACCUGUUGCAGAAAGCGCUUCUAAUAUACGUAACCCAUUUUCGUAUUUUUGUCCUGGCGCGAGUGUAUUAACGUCUAUGUUAACAUCAAUAUCUUUUGUAUCCACGCUUCCUUCCUUUAUUUUCUUAUUAGCAGCUACAUUACGCUCUUUUAGCCAUCUUCGCGCAAACACAUUUAGUACUGAAAUACUUAGAUCUCGGUUGAAUUCUUGUACCGGGUUGUAGAAAACACUGCCUCCCGCGACAAUUUCUGCGCUGCGUUCUUUAAUUACACGGUCUGGCGCAACAACGCUUCCCUGAUGGUUAUUUGUAUCCUGAGAUUAGAACGUAUUAUUAAAUGUAAUGAAUUAUAUUGGAAAUUACACACUUUAUUUUCUAAUGUAGGUUCUGCCUCCAUACUUUGUAUCACUUGCUUUUCGUCCACGUUUUUGUAAUCAGCUGGUUGAAGAAUGCGGCAUAAUCUGCGUUGCCAUUCAAGUCUCAUCGGAAGAUUUGCAAAUCUUGUUAAAUGAUGAAUUUGAUUCAUCAUACUUUUACCAAAGUAUUAUAUAUUUUAGCGCAUAUUUAUUUAUAUAAAUGUGUAUUUAAUUGCCGGCUUAUAUGUAUAUUAUUUGUACGAAGAGAAAAAGUGCACCAUAUGGUAACAUUCCUUCAAUUGUAUAAAAGCAUAAACGGUUGCCGGCUUUCGUUAUAAUUAGUAGUAAACAUACAGUAAUUUUUUUAUAUAUAUUCUAUAUUUUUGACGACUGAUAAUAGUCCAAAAGCGAUUUAAUAAUUAUGUAUUAAAACAAUCAUUUUGUUUAUUUUUUAUAACAUUUUUUGUAUCAGUGAUCUAACUCAUCAAGUUCCAUCAUCAAAAAUUUGAAUUUGUACCAACACUGGGAGAACAUAUGCCCUUUCUAAUUGGCACUACCGAACGAAAUCAGCUGUUUCAAAAUAUAAAAAAAGAUUCACCUGUAGUUAACAUAACUUUAAGUAAGAGUUUUAAUAAAAUGAAUAAAGUUUGUGGCAGUUUUAUAUCUAUUCUGCGUUUUUCCAAUGUUGAAAAAACGUACACAACAUCAGUUAUUCUCGGACGCCAGCUUUCGUAUAAAAGUGAUUUGUCACUCGACAAGCUGUACCCCAAUAGCCGACUAAAACUUUUUACACCUCCACCACCCUCAAAUACAGGUGAUAAAUUUUCUGGUUUUAUACCCAUUAAUCAACUGGAAAUUACUUAUAGUCGAAGUUCUGGUCCUGGCGGACAACACGUGAAUUGCGUAAACACAAAGGUUGACUUGCGUUUCAAGUUAGCUAGCGCCGAUUGGAUCCCUGAGAAAACAAGGCAAAAGCUUUUGGAAGCCGUAA